AUAUAAUCAUUAAACCAAUGAUGACGGUAAUAAUUUCUUGAUAUUUUAUUUGUAGACUCUGAAAACAUUAUCUAACAUGUACCUUGCUAUUCCAAUGAGUGGUGAUAAUCCAUGGGUGUUGAGCAAGGAGCAUGUUGUUGUGGCUUUUAGACUGAGGGGUGUUGAAGUAGCUGAAGAAGUCAUCACUCUGCCUGAUAAAGUAAUUACAGAACCUGAGGAAAUAGAUAUACAAUUGAAAAUGAAUGGUAAAGAAGAGGUGACGGUGAAAUGCCUCAUUAUUUUGAAACAUAAAGAUCCUUCGAAAGACGUUAUUCCUACCAACUUACCAACCACAUUAAAAAGACAAAAGGAGCACAGACAAAUAGGGAAUGAUUAA